ACACUUCCCGGACUGCUCCAUCACGUGCCUGAUGUGAGGGGGGGAGCUCAUGACGCUUUGCAUGGGAGAGGGAGAAUUGACAGCAAGGAUUCCCCCACGUGGAUGGUUAAUGGUGCGCUCAGGGAGGGAGGAUUCCAAAGUUGGAGCCAGUGGAGGAGAAGACGAUGAGUGACAGGGAAGUGAACCCGGCUGCCGUCCCCACCCCAAUGCCAGACACCCAAGGUGACGGGCGCUGGCUGUCUCUGCACAACCACUUUAUGUCCACCAGCAAGGACAAAGAGCCAGAGGUCGUGUUCAUCGGGGAUUCCAACGUCCAACUGCUGCACCAGUUCGAGGUGUGGAGGGAGCUCUUCUCGCCGCUCCACGCGCUGAAUUUCGGCGGGGUCGGAGAUGGAACUCAACACGUGCUGUGGAGACUGGAGAACGGCGAGCUGAAGCACGUCAAACCUAAGAUCAUUGUGCUGUGGGUAGGCACGUAUAACCAGGGGCACAGCGCUGAGCAGAUCGCCGGCGGAAUCCAGGCGAUCAUCCAGUGUAUGGAAAAGAGUCAACCUCAAGCCAAGGUCAUCGUUCUGGGUUUGCUCCCACGAGGCAAGAACCCGAACCCGUUGCGGGAGAGGAACAAGCGCGUGAACGAGCUGCUGGCCGAGUCGUUGGCCGCGACACCCAACGCGAUCCUCCUGGACGCGGAUCCGGGCUUCGUGCACUCCGACGGGACCAUCAGUCACAACGACAUGUACGACUACCUGCACCUGAGCCGGCAGGGGUACACACGCGUGUGCCAGACCCUUCACCGCGCACUGCUGCAGCUCAUGGAGGGCAGAGGCCGAGCCACGCAGAAGUAAGCCAGGAGGACUUCCCGAGAGCAAGAACACCCCCCCACACACACACACACACGGGGGACGUCUUCCGGAGCGGGAACCGCCACCCAGCCGAGGCUUUAUCAACUUUGGUCCGUGGAUCGAGACCAUCGUGAUUUGGGGCAUCCAUAGCCCUGUACCCCGUUUUGACCAUGUGACCAAACGCUACUUAUCUUGUUUUUAUGUCCUUUGUACAGCGCGUGUUUUUUUUUUCCUUUGAUAUUUUUGGUUUUGUAUAAUUCAGUUAAAAAAAAAAGUGUAGUUUUUUUGUGCUUCUCCUUCUAGGUCCUCCUCACCUUCGCAGCGGCUUCCCCGUAGAGCCGCGUAAGACCCGUGAUACACGUAUACCUUUUACCCCAACGCCAUUUAUAUUAUUUAAAUAAAUUAGAUGCAUUGUAUACAGCGACGUUUAAUUAUUCCACGCAUCUCGGGAGAUCUAAAUAAUAAAAACGGAUGGAAUGAAA